CCACCUUAUUUCAAUCAACCCUCAUCUCCUCUUCAGACCCAUUAGAUCAAAUUCAUUUCGGAUUUGAUCUUAUUGGUUUUCAACUUUUAAUAUUUUCAACCGUUAUCACCACCAUAGUUUAUUCUGAAAAACUGUACACAUUUUGAGAUUCUUUUCUCACCGGAGAGAAUUUUGUGAGUGUUAUCAAGAUGGAAAAGGUUAUCAGGUUGUCUGCAGAAAGGGGUGUGGUGGUUUUCACCAAGAGCUCUUGUUGCCUCUGCUAUGCAGUCAACAUUCUGUUCCAAGAACUUGGAGUGGACCCUGUGGUCCAUGAAAUAGACAAAGACCCUGAAGGCAAGGAAAUGGAGAAAGCUUUAACUAGGUUGGGUUGCUCAGCACCUGUUCCAGCAGUGUUCAUCGGAGGGACGCUUGUGGGGUCCACCAAUGAGGUCAUGUCCCUCCAUCUCAGUGGUUCACUCACUAAAAUGCUCAAACCAUAUCGAUCUUUAUCUUAAAGAGGACUCCACACAUGCAGAUUAAGACCUUGAUUUGAAGAAUAAGCAUGCACUAUAUAUAUAUAUGGCUCGAAUGAUGAGCACCAUCGAUGCAUGUGUUGCAAGUAGUUAAUUUCUAGCAUUUUAUUAGCUAUAUAAUUUAAAUGUAAUGUUAUAAUUAUUCUUAAUCAUGUUUUAUUUAUAGUUGUAUUGUGUUGUUGAAAUAUAAAGGCACGUAGUGUUAUUUCCAAA